CGUCUUCUCAGGGGGCGCUUCCCCGGGGAAGGGCUGGGAAGGGCUACCUACCUAUCCGUACCCUUCGGUGAGAUAUUAACCUCCCUGGGCCUGACCUGAGGUGAACGAUGAGGUGACCACCUGGAACUCCAGACACGUGGGAUGUGCCGUAAUGCAGUUUAGCGGCGGCGGCCCUCAACCGCAGCGUUUCCCCCUUUUCUGGGGGGGGGGUUUAUUCCAUUAUCUUUAUUAUUUUGGCGUUUCGGUUGAUCUCCUGCGCACCCGUCGAAUUCAGUCUUCACCCACCUUGAUCACAAUUACCAGAAGCUUGUUGGUCACGACUCAAAAAGGUCCGAACGGGAGCACUGGAGAGCUGUCCAUGACCUUGGUGCUUGCUGGCUUGAAUCUUUUGCCUCAGGCAACCCAAUCAAGACCCAUACCCUCGGUGUUCUUCCGCCACACUGACUGGGAGAGAUCAGAGAGGAUGGGGCCGCGAUGCGAUGCGACAUGGCUGUCUCUUGUUUCAAACUGGCUGCGAAUGGCAUGUCCAACUGGGCGGUCGCUGACAUUCCUUGUCCGUAGAUCUCUCGAUGUGCCAUGCCUCAGGGUGCAGAUACUGCCAACAAUAGGUGGUUGACUCUGACGAUACAGAGCCAUAGAGCAUUGCAGUCCAAACGGGGGAUGCCCGCACACUUCUUCCGGUUGCUUCCUCGGUCUCUGACUUACCAUGACAUGCGCUGCCGCCGGAUCGCACCGUGUCUCUUUGCUGGCACAGAGUGCAGAAACAUAAUAAUGUGGGAAAGGCAUCAACCCUCGCGAAGCUUUGUCCGAAGCUGCAUCACGUUACGCAACAGCAUGCGAUGCACACAUCUGAGUGCGUUUAUCUGAUAGCCGACAGUCACAGUCGAUUUCGAGGGGGCUUG